UGACCCGAGGCCUGAAUCAGGCUCCUGCAACUCUGAGCCCCAACAGGACAGUGACACCUUCUCUCCUAUUAGCCCUUCCACCCCCCUACAGCCUACCAGUGCCCAUGGCCGCUCCAUCUCCAUAUCAGUGUUACCUUGUUCAGAUGACCAGAGACCUUACAUAUCACCUGAGGAAAUGACUGAUGCCUUCGUCCUGGAUCCAGGCCCCCCUCCAGCCACCCGAACCUCAAAGACACGCACUGCUAAGCCCUCCUACACACCACCACCGCCUUCCCGCAAACUGCUGCAGUUCUUUCCCAACAUUACAAUGACAAGAAGCAAGAGUCAUGAAUCACAGCUGGCCAACCGCAUAGAGGAGCCUGCUACACACAAGCCCUGUAAGAAGAACAAAGGGUUGGCUGCUAUUCAUAUCAAUGGUUGUGGGAACAGUCUUGAUGACUCAGCGCUGCGGUCACCAUUGCUGUCUGCCCGAACCCCAGGCCCUGUUCCAGCCUCAGCCCCAUAUAUGAUGAUUGCCACCCAGACCUUGCUGGACAAUGUGACCAUGCACAAGAGCUCCCCUCAGACAUUGAGAAGAGACAUUGGCCUGGCUGUAACACACAGAUUUUCGACCAAGUCUUGGCUCUCCCAGACUUGCCAAGUGUGUCGCAAGAGCAUGAUGUUCGGUGUCAAGUGCAAACACUGCAAGUUAAAGUGCCACAACAAAUGUACCAAAGAUGCUCCCUCAUGUCGGAUAUCAUUUCUCACAUUGCCAAAGAUGCGCAGAGCAGAAUCAGUGCCAUCAGAUAUCAAUAAUCGGAUUGAUCACAAAGCAGAGAUCCCACUGCAAUAUGGCACUUUACCAAAGGCAAUAACCAAAAGGGAACCUCCCCUCAAUUUAAACCAGCUGGACUCUAGCAGUAACCCAUCAUCAGCCACCUCCUCUACACCUUCUUCCCCAGCACAUUUCCAGCAGAGCAACCCCCCAAGUGUGAGUGCCACUCCCCCACCAAACCCGUCACCGCAGGGCUCUUGGGACAGCCGCUUCCACUUCCCAGAUGUUGCUGCUUCCACAUAUACUGGUGUUCAACAUUCUGGCACCUACUAUGACUCAGGAAUGUCACAGGUGGCCGUCACUAAGACACAGCUAACAGCAGUGGACCAAGAAGGGGAGGAGGCAAGCGAAGACUACCCAGCUGAAGAUGAGGAAACAGCUGACCAGCGCAGCAGAGAAAAGAGCCUUUCCACUGAGGAGUGUGAUGAGGAUGGGCUGGAGGAAUUGCCUUCUUCCAUAUGUCGUCGUGGGGCUGCUGGCCGCUGGAGGGGCCCCAUCUCUCGUAAGGCCAGUCAGACCAGUGUGUACCUGCAGGAGUGGGACAUUCCAUAUGAGCAGCUGCAGCUGGGGGAGCUUAUUGGCAAGGGUCGUUGGGGGAAGGUGCAUAAGGGUCGCUGGCACGGCGAGGUGGCCAUUCGCCUUUUGGAGAUUGACGGCAACAAUCAGGAUCACCUGAAGCUCUUUAAAAAGGAGGUGAUGAACUACAGGCAGACCAGGCACGAGAACGUUGUCUUGUUCAUGGGUGCCUGCAUGGCUCCACCCCACCUCGCCAUCAUCACCAGUUUCUGUAAAGGUUUGACUCUACACUCUGUUGUAAGAGAAAGAGGUCAUAUGCUGGACAUCAAUAAAAUCAGACAGAUUGCACAGGAGAUUGUAAAGGGAAUGGGUUAUCUGCAUGCCAAAGGCAUCAUUCACAAGGAUCUGAAGUCUAAGAAUGUGUUCUAUGACACAAACAAGGUGGUCAUUACAGACUUUGGCCUCUUUGGGAUGUCUGGAGUGGUACAAGAAGGCAGAAGAAAGAACUUUUUCCGGAUACCUCAGGGCUGGAUCAACUACCUGGCUCCAGAGAUUGUUAGAAAAAUGAGCCCAGAGGUUGAUGAGGACCAGCUGCCUUUCUCCAAAGCUGCUGACGUUUAUGCAUUUGGCACAAUCUGGCAUGAGCUGCAGGUCGGAGACUGGCCAAUCACCAAACAACCUGUGGAAACUACAAUCUGGCUAGUGGGCAGCAAUGAGGGCAUUAAGAAGGUGCUGACAGACUCCAACCUGGGCAAGGAGGUCACGGAGAUCCUGUCUGCCUGCUGGUCCUCUGAGGUAGACAACAGGCCGACUUUCACCCAGCUGACUUGCAUGCUGGACAGACUCCCCAAACUCAAUCGCCGGCUGUCUCACCCUGGACACUUCUGGAAGACAACUGAGUACGUAUCCUAGAAAGAGAAGGUGUAUUCAUGAUCCAGAGUCAACCAGCCUACAACACCAAUCACACCAACAUCUUGGAGUCUGAGUCUACAUCAUUUUAUUUAGUCGAUAAAUAUCUGCCAAAAUCUACAUUUUCAUGUCAUGGAAUCAGAAGUGAGAUGGAGCUAAAAGGAAUCAAAUGGAAAAUUUUGUAAAUAGGAUUUUGUAAAGGAAUGUGAAUAUUAUGAAGCUGUCCUGCUGAGUAUCAACUAUGACUGCUGUUUGGUAUUUUGAGAAGCAAGACUCACAUUUUACGACACCUAAGAUGGCAUUCUACUCUAUUCUACUCUACUCUACGCUUUUUUCCCUGGCACUUCAAUAGUGUUUCUCAGUGUCAGUAGAAUUAUUUUCUCUUGUGUUUCUGAGCUUCCCAGCUCUUUCCUUCUCCUCUUUUUGUGAUUUUCUUUCCUCUGGGUGCCGACUGAUCCACCUCUGCCUGUUCCUGUUCUGCCUGGUCUCCCUCCCUCGUACAUUUUCACCUCUGUCUAUGCCUCUGUUUACCUGUUUCUGUAUUAUGCACACUUGCUUUUUAACACUGCUGGUUUUUGUCUCCUCACUCCGUUCUGGUGAAGGCCAUGGGAUCACCAUCAUUGCCUGAACAAUAACUGUUAUCAGUGCUUACAUUGUCCGCACAUCAGUCGAAGAUAUCAUCAGUUGAUGAGCUUUGUUUUGCUGUAACAAAUACACACAAAUGUCACAUGACACCCUGUUUUGCUCAGACAUGAGUGAGAUAUAAUGAGAGCUACGGAGUUUGUUCAUUCUUAUUUUGACUCCUAACAGAACAAUGAGCUAGAGUACAAAACUGGAGAUAAUGGUUUUAUUCAAGUGUACAGCAACUUGUGAUAUUGUAACAGAUUUGUUUCUUUCCUGCGUGCACCACAUAGUACAUGACAACCAUAGUACACACCAGAUGCAUCAUACAGACAUUAGUUGGGAUACAGUAGCCUUCUCCAGACUGUGACGCAGAGCUAACAAAAACAGUCACUUCCGGGUAAACAACUGGCAGUUGAUUUCAAUUGCGGAGAUAUGUAAAAUUGGCAAAAUAGUUUAUUCAUUUUCAGCCGUAACUGCAAUGUUUAAAGAUAUAUAAUUAAAACGGAGGUCUGACGUUUCUGCUGCUGCUUAUUUUAAGAACUGUGCUGCUUUGUGUUUUUGAGAAACCAAAUCUACCCAACAGGGAUGUCUUACUGCUGGACGUGUUUUUUUGUGUAAGCUCAAGCUCUUAUUUUCUGUGGCCCAACAGGUAAACAUUACAUUUAGUGGUACCAUUAAAUUGUAUGUAUAAGUGCAGUGCCCGUUCACAGGCGCCGAUGUGACGCCUCCCUGCACUUUUUAGAAAAUGUAUGUCAAGGUGUCUCACCAUGCACCAACAGCAUUAAUAACACUAAAGCAGUGCGACAAUAGAGGAGAUACUGCUAGAUAUUUAGCGCUUCCUUAGAGCUUCAUAAAACUCAGUGUUGAAACUCUGUUUACAGGCAUAUAUGCCUGGCUGUUGCAGAGUGGAGCGUCGUGCGCACUUCGCGUGACUUCCGGAUAAUUUAUCACUGUUGAUGAACCACACAAAGAAUAUUUUAUCAUUUUUAAAUAGCCGGCUACUUUAAUAGACCCGCGAGGAACUGCGACGUGCAUGCAGCACGGCAUGUACACAAAACUCUGCACAAGACCGGUGAAUGACAGGCAGAGAGAGAGAGAGGAAAAAAUGGUCAACAAUAAGCCUCAGUUUAGCUUCGUCUCGCAAUCACCAUGCACAAAAAGACACGAUUCGAUAGUAUAUGCAGGACUUGACAAUUCUGAUUCGACUAUGUAAGGUUGAAACAUGUCCUUUCUAGAUGCCAGUAAGUCUAGAUACAUCAGCACUUUCACUAUGACUGAAUAUUGACAUGUGAGACUCUAAUGGGUUGACGUGUGAAUUUUGGAACAGAUCUGACUCAAAUAUUUGUUUAAAAAAAUGAAAAUGACACAGGAAGUGCUAAAUGGCUGACUUCCUGUUGAUUGCAAUAUUUCAUUAAAAAAAGCAGAAAUAUGGACUUAAUACGUAAUAAGAGCAAUAAUCCCACCAUAUCUCAUGAAGAUCAAAGAAACUUUGGCCAAAAAAUAGCAUGUUAGCUGUUGUUGUUGUGAGUGUUCACUGUAGCAUACUUUAGUAUUUAGUAGACACACGGUUCAUGUCAUGCGCACAGCGGCACAGACACCGACUUUUGCCACAGUCACACAAACACACACUAAAAAAUGUCAUCAAACCCGGACAAUUAAUCACAAUACCUGCAUGAAGAGAUACCACAGGAGGUAAUGAGAAAAUAUUUAUUUCUGUAAUUUGGGUGAAGUGAUCCUUUGAAAAGUGUACUCCCCAAAAUAUAAAUAAACAAUGCUUUGUUAUUACAUAAAUGACUUUAUGUUGGGGCAGCUUUGGCUUUGUUUUGCUGUAACAAAUACACACAAAUGUCACAUGACACCCUGUUUUGCUCAGACAUGAGUGAGAUAUAAUGAGAGCUACGGAGUUUGUUCAUUCUUAUUUUGACUCCUAACAGAACAAUGAGCUAGAGUACAAAACUGGAGAUAAUGGUUUUAUUCAAGUGUACAGCAACUUGUGAUAUUGCAACAGAUUUGUUUCUUUCCUGCGUGCACCACAUGGUGUUAGUGAACAGGAUGUGGCUCGUGUGUGUGUGUUUCCUCAGGCAGGAUUGCAAUGUUCACUCACUGAAUGUGUCUGAAUGUAAUGGGCUUCACCAGCAGAGUGGAACCUAAUAAAGCAUCAUCCAACGAUGACCUCAUGCAUGUACUGAAUAUGCAGUGUUGGAGAUUGUAUUUAAUAUACAGUGUAAUAUGUACUUCAGUAAUAUUUAUGUAUAGACUUUAGACACUGUGUAAACUGCCGCUGGUGUAUUGGUGUUUUGUUGUUUUUUUCUUGGGUGGGGGGGUUAAUCUGUUCUGUAUUUUGUACAGGAUGAGUUGAUAAUUUGUAAGCUUCUGCUCUGAACAAUGGAAUAUAUUAAAGCUGGUCUCCAGUGA